GUACAAAAUAAUGUAAGGUCAUUCAAACACCUUAAGCUGUAAGAAUCAUUACAAUUAAUUAAGAAUUAUUACGAUAUGUUGUGGGGUCGUAUUUUAAAAAGAUUUGAAGAAAAAUACGCCGCUACAGCAAAUCAUGGUUCCUUGCGUUGUGACUCGGGACUCGAGGAUUUCCGACUGCACGUGAAGGUGUCGUAGCAACCUCAUCCAGUAGCCCACAGUGACGUGCUGUGCGGAUGCAUAGAUGCCCUCGCUGUCAAAAACCAGAGUCUGCGCUGGACUUUAUAUUAUCUUGAUGUAAAGGACGCCCGGGGAGACGCAGCAGGAUGCAGCGGAGCGCAGUGGUCGUGGUGGCGGAUAAAACGAGCCUGAAAAGGCCGUUUAUCUUCACAAACGCUGUGCAUAUGGCGCUGUGCUUCUUCAUGUUGACCAUGACGGUAGCCUGGCACAGAGACCUUCUACAAACAGGCAAACUGGUGUCCAGCGUGUCUGUGGCGGUGAUGUACAUCAUCGAGAUCGGCUGCCUGCUGCUCUCGGUGCUCGGGAUAUUUGGAGCGUGCACGGGAAAGAGGUGGUGCUUCAUCCUGUAUGCAGCUGGGAUGGCAGCAGCCAGUCAGACAAUAAUUGUCAGAACGGCACUAAAUUACCAAGAUGUUUAUGAGAAAAGUGUGGCCCGCGAGGAGAACAAGCUACUGUCCAUGAUGCCGCUCAGCACAACCAGCAAAGCCAACAGGACCCUGCUCUACAGUAUUCAAGAAGAAUUUGAGUGCUGUGGUCUUAUAGAAGGCUACAAAGACUGGGGCUCCUCCAUCCCUCCCUCCUGUAACUGUCAGUAUCCGGGGAAGUGUAUUCGGCUGCGGGGCAGCGCCACGCUGGGGGCUCCGAAGAACCAGUAUGUUUAUCAAGAGCCUUGCCUGCCCAUCUACGUCUCGGAGCUGAAGCUGGCCUUUUCGCUGACCAUGGCUAUUCAGUUCGGAAGCGGCGUGUUCUGGCUGGUUUUGCUGGUCAUGAGCAUCAAGCUGAUGGGCCAGAUAAAGCGGAAACAGGAGUUCAUGGCUCUUCUGCAGUCAAACAGAUACGUUCCCGGUGCCUUCUAGUCACCUCGUACAUUUGAACGCCCCCUUGGAGCUUCCUUUCUCUGACUUUGUCCACCAUAAACUGGCUACUUUACUGGCCCUAUAGCAGCACAUGUAAUGAUUUCCUGAGUGUUAAUGCAUGUAACAGAAUCUACAUGUAACCUACAUGCACACAUGACUGUUUCUUUGCCUUAUUGCUGUACAAAAUAAUGCAUUUUAAUGAGAUUUGUAAUAAUCACGCCAGUGUCGGAUGAUUUAACAUAACGUUCUGCAUAAAGCAUUGCUUUCACACCCCAACAUAUAUUCUAGGUCUUUGUAAAGACAGAUAUUAAUCAAAUUGCAUUUAUUACACAUACAGCCUUUGCUUUAGGGGGGGAAAAUAUCUUAUGUUACAAAAACCAAAAAUCUUUGCACCUUUAAAAACGAAUGAAUCAGUUCAUAGGUUUAAUUAAACAUUUGUCAACUGGACCAACUACUUUUAAGCACAUUCAAUUUUUAGCAUUAGCCGCCAAUAAUCUAUAAACAAAUAUGACCCUUAUGUAGCCUCUCUCUUAAACUGUUUACAAAGUGCUAAUAUUAAAAUCGUAUGUUACUGAUUAUUGUAUUUUAUUGGGUAAAUAAUCAGGUUAGGCGAAGGAAUGAGCCAAAGCUCUCACUGCAGCCUUCAUUCUUGAUUUUGAUCUUGUGGAGAAAGUUCGUCUGGGCCCCUGCAAACAGUUCGCGAAGCUCUCCUAGGAAAACACGUCAUCCGUUUUCUGAAGGCUGGACCAUCGACCGACACCAAUCUCACCGACGAAGCCUUUUCGCCCUUUCACCACAUCAGACCAACGACUCGCUGCACCAGCUGCCUGCAGUCGAAAUGUCUCCGCGACCGAAGGAUUGUCAAAAGAAUUUCAUCUGAAACAGCGCAUUCAACGUCUACCUGUGCACUUUAACCAUUAAUGCCUAACAUACACAUUCUGCAACAUAUACCAUCAUUAUUUUUAUUUUUUUUUUAAUCUAUGGAACAAACUUGUGUAAUAUUUUGUUAAUAGCCGGAAUAAAAAUGUGUGAUACUUG